AGUCAUGUGAUUUUUCUUUUUCCCUCCUGUGUUUCCGUGUUAGCCAGCGUCAGUGCUAGCAUUCAAAACAACCGUCCCCUUUCUCCAGCCCUCCAGUAUCGCUCUAUUUUCUCGGCCCUCUUACUCUCCUGGAGUUAAUUUAACUCCUUACCAACAUAAUAAUGGACGAGACGAGUCCGCUUGUCUCUCCGCUCCGGGACUCCGGCGAUUUUAGCUACUGUCCCACGGAGCCCACCAGCCCCCGGGGCGCGUUUGGAAGCACACCGGGUUCAGUAGUACGUCUUCCAGCUGGCAGCCCGGGGCUCAGCCGGGAGAGACAGCCGCUUCUGGACCGGGACCGUGGUGGGUCGCCACGAGAGCCGCACAGAAACGAGUUCCCGGAGGAUCCCGAGUUCAGGGAAAUCAUCCGAAAGGCCGAGAGGGCCAUAGAGGAGGGGAUCUACCCGGAGAGGAUCUACCAGGGGUCCAGCGGAAGCUAUUUUGUCAAAGAUUCACAGGGGGUAAGAGGAGCUGCUAUCUUAAACCCGGGUCCUGUCUGUUUGUUUUUUUAUGUCCAUGCUCACAGGUUUAAAGUGUGAUUUAGACUCUGAAGACUCAGGACCUUUCUGAAACGGUCCUUCAGUGUCUUGGGGUAAAGGCCUCUAUGAACUAGCCUGUGAUGACUUGGCAAAGAGGGGGCAAGGCAUGCAAACACACUACAAGUGUGCGAUGUCAAGUUUACACUGAUACCUAAAAAAACUAAAACUUUGUUGUUUGUCUCUUAAAAAGUGUGUUUGGUUCACCUGGUAGUUAAAACCAGCACUCACAGAAUACAGCUAAUUCAUGAGGCGACAGAUCAGUAUUAAUGAUCGAUCUGUACUAACACACCAUUAAAUAGUACUAAUGAUAACAAUAAUAACUUAUUUUGUGUGGCACUUCUAAAAACAUUAGUUUACAAAGUACUUUGACAUGUAGUCACGGAGCACAUGGAAAAAGCCAGAAAAAAGAAAAAGCUCAGUUAAAACGGAAAUGAAGGCCAUUUUCAUGUCAUAAGGAACCCAGACAAUACAAGAACUGAACAACAUAAGAUGAGACCAUGAGGACCAAAAUAAAAACAUAAAAUAGUUAAGAAAAAAGAAAAUGCAAUUUAAAGGGGGGUCAAAAGCAGAAACUGGAUACUAAAUAUAAAAGGCAAUAUCAAUAAUGAUAAUAAAAUAAAAACAGGUAAUUCAGAUAAUAACAGUAAUGAUAAAAUAGAGCAAGAGAUAAAACACUAAAAGGCCUAAAAGGUUAAUCAAGAAAAGAGUACAAGUACAACAAAAGCUAAAAAGACAGUAAAGCCGAAAUAAGAUAGAGGUAAAAGAGAUGAGAUGACAGUUAUCAAUUUAAAAAGUAAACAACUGAAUGCAUUUUUUUAUUUUGAAGUUUAACAUUAUGAAGAUAUCAUUGAACUUAAAUUAUUAUUCUCAAUCCAUUCACAUGGAUUCCCCUUGGGUUUUCCUGCCAUCAGUUUGACUUCUGCUGUGCUGGCCAGUGAUCAUCCUGUCAGGUCCUGCUGCUGCUGAGCAGGUAGUCUGUCAGUGAAAGUACAUCUCUGGAAAGCUGUGCCAGUGACGUUGACAAAAACAACACAGUCACAGAUAAGAUGCAAAUCAACCAUUGUGCCAGAUAGUGAAACCAGUCUGAGCAAAGAACAAAGUCUAAAAUACCUCAUCAGAGAUGAUGCUCGAUCAUCAUCAGUUGUUGUUGGAGGUUUUCUUUUUUUGGGCAUACUUUUUUCAGCGCUUUGAUAUCAAGAAGCUAGCUUUUGAUGGACUAUUAUAAAGCAUUUCUCCCAUUUUUCCACAACAUGUCCUUAUUCUGUCAAUCAUGUUAGAUGAUGACAGUAAACUUUGAUCAGCCCAGCUGGAACCAGCAAGUCAAAGUCUCCAGCAAGCCACACACACUGUUCUAUCAGUUUGUAAUUAUCUGCAGUAUGUUUUGUGCUCAGUCUGUUUUUGAAACGAGGAAGUGUGUCUUUGGACCUUGUGGCCCGUUCCUCCCAAAUAUCCCCUGUGGUGUGUUCAGUCUGUUAAAAAAAAGUUACUUGACUUCCUCUAAAUGAUCCUGUUACAUUCUUAUAGAAAUUGAAAUGAGUGAGUUUGACGUGGUUGAGGAUAUUAUUCCCCUCACCCCCUCGCUUUACCAGUUACUUUAGUCACCAGUGCGCUUAGUGGUCAUGUGCUACCGCUCUGUGAGUGUAUAAUUCUCUCCAGUGACUAGGUUUCAUGUUUUAAUCGGUAUUUGUGUGUGUGUGUGUGUGUGUGUGUGUGUGUGUGUGUGUGUGUGUGUGUGUGUGUGUGUGUGUGUGUGUGUGUGAGUGUGUGUGUGUUUGUGUGUGUCAAACUGGUGUAAUGCAACAUGUGAUUUUUUUACAUACAACUUUAAAAUCACAUGGCACCCAAAUUUCAUGGAGACAUUCAUGUGCUAUAUGCUUAAAGAGUGAUGUAUAACUCAACUGUGAUACCUUGGUUCAUGCGAUUUAUAGUGACUUUCUUUUAGGACUAAUAAUUAUGUAUUUUUUUAAUGUUCCUGUUGCACAACACCAAUUCCUUUAGAGUUGAGACUGAGUAAACUGAAAAUGUUGAAUUUUUGGAAAGCAAUGAGUUAAAAAAAAAAAAGGAACAUGGGCAGGUUUACGAUUGAGUUGCAUCACCUUUUCUUUUAAGAGCACUGCAAAUGUUCAGGAACCAAGGAGAGCAGUUUCUGGUGUUUCGAAAUAAAUAUUUUUCCAUUCUUGCCUGAUGUAAAAUCUCAGCUGCUUGACAGCUCAGGGACUCUUUGAUCACAUUUUUUGUGUCAUGAUGCAACACGUUUUCAAUCCAUGACAAGUCAGGACUGCAGGCAGACUCAACUCUUCUACCAUGGGGCCAUGCUGUUGGCUAUUUUACACAUGCAAAUUAUAGUUUGCCAUCGUUCUGUAAUUUGCAACACCUUCUUUGUAAAAGCAGAUGUCUGUAUGGCAACACAUGUUGCUCCAAAACCUGUAUCAUUCAGCUUUAAUGGUGAAUGAUAGAUGUGUAAACUGGUCAUACCAUGGACACUUACAGGUCCCUACGAAAUCAGGUAUGCUGACUUCUAACCUGUGUGCUGAUAACAAGCCAAAUGGUCCUCCCUCUCUUUAGAGCUGAAGAUGCAAUGGCCUUGGUUUCUAAAAAGACGGUCAAGUUUGAUUUUUCAGACCACUGAAAAGUUUUCACUUUGCUGUUGUCCAUUGUAAAAGGGCUCGGGUCCAGAGAAGUUGUGGGCAUUUCUUAAUAAGAAUAGUUAACAUAAAAACAUACAGUUAAUGCAUACGUCUUUUCUUUCUCCCCUCAAUCCCUUCACAGAAAAUCAUUGGUGUGUUCAAACCUAAGAAUGAAGAGCCCUACGGCCAGCUGAACCCAAAGUGGACCAAGUGGCUCCAGAAACUGUGCUGUCCUUGCUGUUUUGGACGGGAUUGUUUGGUGUUGAACCAGGGCUAUCUCUCAGAAGCCGGGGCCAGCCUGGUCGAUCAGAAACUGGAGCUCAACAUUGUUCCCAGGACCAAGGUACAGACAUACCAAGUGUUUUUUCAGCAUCAUCAACAAUACUCUGCCAAAAUCUCCUCUCUUAAAGUCAGUGGAUUAUUACCCUCCAGGUGGUGUACCUUGCAAGUGAAACAUUCAACUACAGUGCCAUAGACCGGGUGAAAUCCCGAGGAAAGAGGCUCGCUCUAGAGAAGGUGCCUAAAGUUGGUCAGCGCUUCCACAGGAUUGGACUCCCACCAAAGGUAAUUUCAUGAAUUUUAUUACUCAGAUGAUUGCAACAGAAUCGAAUGAAGACAUUUGCUGUGCAUCAUCAUUUUCAGGUCAUUAGGAAAAACAUAGAACUGCCAUAAGAAGUAUUUUUUUCUCAGGGUUUUCACAACAGUUUCAUGAGGAAGUUCUGUCAUUACUCUGGCUUUUUAUCUUUACCCCAAACCACACGACAAUGACACAUUAACACCCAGAGGGUGAUUUUGCACAAUGUUUAGGGCUUGACACUAACUUUUUUCACAAGGAGCACAUGUGCUUCUAAGUUUAAAAAGUAAUGAGCACACAAAGAACUUGAGGGGCACAAUGAAAAUUGAUCAAAUAAUGUUUGUCUUACUGGGCGACAUAAAUACUAUUAUUUGAAAUCAAAUUUAAAUCAGUUGGUCCCGUGACAUGGAAGCUAUUGAGGAAACUGUUCAAAAUUUGCCUUUAAAUUUAACACAAAAAUUUUUAGAGGACAAAUUAGGGAAAUAAAGAGGUGUGUCUUAUUGUCUACACUUAGUACUACUAUUUGAAAUCAAUUUUAGGUCAGUUGGUCACAUGACAUGGAAGCUAUUGAAGGAAACAAAGGGACCAUCAGUAAACUAGUAAUUUAUUGAUGGUCCCUUAUUCAACACCUGACGUUGACAGCGAGGAUGUUGAAUAAGUAGAUAAGAUAAGCUGAGUAGAUUUAACCGUGCUGCUGUUGCUAUUCCCGGUUAUGGAGAAUGAGAAGACACCGGUAGAUCCACAGCGAAUGUCUGUCGGAUAUCCAACCUAAAACUAACUUCUUUUACUUUACAGUAAAAAGGCAUUUGUUGCCUCGGCUGAUUUUUUUUAGGCGCACAUGUGCCCCUAAAUACAUUUUACAAUUCACACACAUCUAUUUUUAGUCGCAAAAAUGGUGCGAGUGAAAUGGUGGCACUGUCAAGUCCUGGUGUUGCAGGGUUACAGAAAAAAACAAAAUGCCUUCAUGUAAAAGAGUAAAUGCCUCACUCAGACACAUGCACACAGCAUGGUACUGUGUCCCUCUGUCACCGCAGUUUACACAGCUGCCAUCAGACUUUUACUAUGUCUUUCUUACUACCUUCCAUACCAGGUACUACUGGGCCUCUAUGCGUUUUACAAUAAAGAUGAGGUUCAACAGUCCUACCUUAAACAGAUAGUUAAAAUAUACUGUAUACUGUAGAAAACGUAGUAAACAGCUGUCUCACGAAGACUCUGUUCUGUUGCUUGCUGUCCAGGUCGGUUCCUUCCAGCUCUUUGUAGAUGGAUAUAAAGAUGCCGAUUUCUGGCUGCGGAGGUUUGAAGCAGAGCCUCUGCCUGAAAACACCAACCGUCAGCUUCAACUUCAGUUUGAGCGACUGGUAGUCCUCGAUUAUAUCAUCAGAAACACAGGUAUGUUCCCUACACGCUCAGUUCAAAGUGUGUAACUCAGAUCUGGAUGGUAUAAUUGUAUUAAACUAUUUUUAUUUUGAUGUUCCAGACCGGGGAAACGACAACUGGUUGCUGAAGUACGACUGUCCCAUGGAUCCUGUCGGGAAUAGGGUGAGAACACACAGACACACCUGGCAUUUUUUUUUAAAGAACUAACUCUUGAGUGUGUGUUUAUUUCAUACUUGUAACUUCAUCUCUGUAGGACACAGACUGGGUGGUAGUAAAGGAUCCUAUCAUUAAGCUGGCAGCUAUAGAUAAUGGCCUUGCCUUUCCUCUCAAACACCCCGACUCCUGGAGAGCCUGUGAGCACCUACAUUGUUGUAUUUCUCUGUGCACAUCUUUUGAACUGAUUUAUCUUCGUACUGUUUUGUUGCACUUUUUUCUUUUAUGUAUUAUUUUUUUUGCUAAUCCAUUCCAUCUCCACGUUAUUAACCUUUCACCUCCUUUUAGAGAAAUGUACAUGAUUUGUAAGCCUUUGUCUCCUUGUCCGAUCAACAGAUCCCUUUUACUGGGCGUGGCUGUCCCAGGCCAAAGUUCCUUUCUCCCAGGAAAUCCGAGAGCUGGUCUUGCCCAAACUCUCUGACCCAAAUUUCAUAAAAGACCUGGAAGAGGACUUGUACGAAUUAUUCAAGGUGCGUUGGGUUUUUGUCUGUGUGUUUCAUGCAGCUCAAGUAGUAAUUACAUCAGCAGGCAAAGUGUGAGAAUCUGGCUGAGAAAUGGAUGCAGAAAUAAUACAACAGGAAAUAUAAUAUGGGGAGGGAAAGGCUUAUAUCUGUGGCUAUAAACAUGACAUGUAACAUGAUUUGGUGUGUUGUGUUUUACAGAAAGAUCCUGGUUUUGACAGAGGACAGUUUCAUAAACAAGUCGCAGUUAUGAGGGGGCAGGUAAGUUGUUCUUCCCUUUUUUAUCAGGGGAAUCCAGAGGAACAUAAGGAUAGCUCUGUAUCACCUCUUUUCAGAAGCUUCAUAUCGAAAGUGUCUUUAUCUCUCCUUUUUUACAUUUUUUUUGCAAGAUCCUGAACUUGUGCCAAGCCCUAAAGGAUGGUAAAACUCCACUGCAGCUGGUCCAGAUGCCCCCAGUAAUCGUUGAAACAGCCAGAGCGCCUCAGAGAGCCAACAGUGAGUCUUACACACAGAGUUUCCAGAGCAGAAGACCUUUCUUUACCUGGUGGUAGGAACGCCACAAUGAGGGAUGAGGAGGAACAGCAGGAAGCAGGAGCAAGGAAAGAAGCAAGUAUUGAUGAACUGUCGGAUGAAAGGACAUGAUCCAAGAGCGCAUGAGUCUGUGCUGGAAAUGGAAAUAACUCAUCACCCGUCCCUGAUGGAUAAUUUGGUUUGAGAGACUGGAGUGAAUUGGUGGAGAGAUGAGGCCAAAAAGGGAGAAAUCUCAUAUCAUGUCUUCUCUCUUUGCUUCAGUGCCUUGUAUGUGGAUGUCAAUGAAGAAUGAACUAAAAGCUGAAGAUUCUAUACCUUCUUGCAAAAGAGCUCAGACUUUUCUUUCAGACUUCCUGGGUACACGUAACGUUUGCUCACACAGAAGCCUCUCUUUCUUCAUUUUUUGGAUGGGAGGUGUUUGCAUUCCAUGUUUGUUUGUUUUUUUCUCUUCAUACCUCUCAGCCUUUUAAUAUUUGCCUGCAUAUUCCCUCCCGUGCAGUUACAAGCCCUGGGCUGGUGAGAGCAGCGGUGCCACUACUGAAGAUCAACAUUUUAGUUUUACGAAACAAAGAAAAUAGGAGUGUUCACUGAGGUUCACUUAAAAGGAUUUCGGUACUGGUGAACUUGAUGUAUUCAAAUAUUGUGAACUGGUUUCACAGUAACUCAUUGGUCUUCCUAACUGUUCAGAUUAGGAUCUAUGAGUCCACAGGGUGAUGAUGAAAGGCAGAGGCACUUUGGGUUCAAGUAACAAGCUCCUUGUUAAACUAAGUGACUCGCCCAAUUUCCUUCUUUCACUAAUGAAUUAAACCACUGGGGAAGAAAAAAGUUAAUUCAUCUGCAAGCAGGCUAAGGACAGGCCAGUUGUCCUCGGCCCACACGCUCCUGUUUGUCUCGGCCAUGUUGAUUUCUGUGAAUUUUCCGCCUCAUGGGGUGGGUUGAAGUAAACAACAGUAACUUCCUGCUGUACUGAACUGACAUGAAAUGUAUUGUGGCAAUGCACUGUAUAAUUUGUAUGUAAUAUUUAAUGAUAGAUUAUAAUUAAAACAUAUUCCAUUAAUACAGAAUACUUGUGCAUAUAUAAAGGAACGUUUGCAGUCAGAGAUGAUCACAAUUACACAGAAAUAAAAAUCAGACCUCAUUUAGUCCAUGUGCCAACAAGACAUGUCUCUAAAGCUGCUAUAAAUAUCAUCAGAUAAAUAACACGUUAAAGACUAUAUGUUGUGUGUAAAAAGUUUUUCGACUUAUGUUUCACUUCUAUGUUCAACUUGUCUUGUUGUGGUUUCAGUCUGGCUGCUCUCAUCAUCAGUAUUAUUUCCUGUCAGAACAGGAAAUGUUUUUGGUGCACUGUAAAAUGAGCACCUGUUGAAAAGAGUUAGCAGCAAGCUCAUGGAAAUUUUGCAGUCACUGGAAUAAGAGCUAUUUCCCACAGGAUUUGGACAAUAAUAAAAUUAAAGUAUAAAGAAAGUAGACUAUUAACCAAUUCCAGUCUAAAAUAAGACUAUAUUAAUUCUGAUGUCACUAUAUACACUGGAUAUUAACUCUUUUGUAGACAUGAAUAAUUGACACGUUGUCAUUGUUGUGUUACCCGCUUGUUUCCACCGCCCUGAGUGAGCAUAAUUAGUCACCUACGUUUUAACAGCUUGGUACUGUUAUAAGAAAGAAAUCAAAACUCAAAACACCCUUAGCUCAAAGCUCUCUUGAAUAAUAUUGUAUAAUCCUGAAAAUAGUAUUACAAAACCACACCACAGAUAUAAUGAAAAUGCUUUAUGGGGUCGUCGACAUGAAUAACAACCCCUUGUACCUUGUAGGUGUCUAAAAGGCUCAUUUGAUCAUCUGUUUAACUGCUGUCUGUCUCCUUUCUAACAUACUGUAUACUUAUAUAAAUUUGUAAGAUUAGAGCUCAAGAAUUGCAACCUCAUUGAAACAGGUUUUGAAAGUCUGCAAAUCAUCAAACUCUAUAUUUCAUUAAAUAUUGUGCAAAGA